AUGGUUUUAGAAGCAACAAUGAUCGUAUUGGAUAAUUCAGAAUGGAUGCGUAAUGGUGAUUAUACACCAACUAGACUUGAAGCACAAAAAGAUUGUGUAAAUCUUUUAUUUGGAUCAAAAAUUCAAGCUAACCCGGAAAACACUGUAGGUUUAUUGACUAUGGCUGAAGUUCUUGUAACUUUAACUUCUGAUGUUGGUAAAAUAUAUUCUGCAUUACAUAACAUUAAAAUCGGUGGAAAACCAAAUCUAACAACUGGUAUUCAAGUUGCACAGAAUGCAUUAGUAACGUUGGGUAAGAAAAUGAAAAAAAAUAAUGUUGCAGUGGAUAUUAUUAACUUUGGAGAAGAAUCAGAGAAUAAUUCAAAAUUAGAAGCAUUCAUAAACGCUGUCAAUAGUGGUGAUAACAGUCAUAUUUUAACAGUUCCACCAGGACCUCAUAUACUUAGUGAUGCAUUAUUAUCAUCGGCUAUAUUAGCGGGAGAAGAUGGUGUUCCUGCUGGUUUUGCCGCAGGCGGCGGAAAUAGCUUUGAGUUUGGUGUUGAUCCUAAUCUUGAUCCCGAACUUGCUUUGGCUUUACGUAUUUCACUAGAAGAAGAGAAGGCAAGACAGGAAGCUAAAGCAGCAGAGGUAUCCACCACUUCAAAUUCUAAUCAAGAAGCAGAGUCAUCAACAAUGGCUAUUGAUCAAACAAUCGGAGGAGGCAGUACUGAUAAAGCUGAACUUAGUACAAUUAUUAACACAGAAAAUCAAGUAUGUUCAAUUGAUUUAGGGAAGCAAGGAGGAGAGGAGGAGAAAGAGGGUGAUAAAGAUACUGAUGAUGUACAUAUGGAGGAACUUACCGAGGAUGAACAGAUGGCUCGUGCAUUACAAAUGUCAAUGCAAGGAGAUGGUGAAUCUAAUGUUAAGAUAACAACGGAUGAUUAUAAUGUUAUGCAAGAUCCAGAAUUCAUGAGUGAACUGCUUCAAUCUUUACCAGGAGUUGAUCCUAAUGAUCCACAAAUUAGAAAUGCUUUACAAGGUAAAUGUGAUGCAUUAAAUUUCACAAUAGCAACAACGGUUGCGUGA